AUGGGGUACUACAGUCCCCGCGGAGAGGAGGAGAGCCUGCUCGGACGCCGACGAGAUCAUGGUUCUAAGCAGCAACGGUCCCGAAAAUGGUCGGUAAUGACCAUGGCUGCGCUGUUGGGCAUGCUGUUCCUGUCGGCUCUGUAUUUCGUGCUGGGACCUGAGUACGAACCCUUGCAUUCCAUAACAGAGAUAUCCGGAGCGCAGUCUGACCUGCCGACUUCUGCCCCUCUUUCUAGGUCGAUGAGAACGUCGCGAAGUGGUGAAGCCUGCAAUACUGUCAACGGUGGUUAUCAAUGCAACCCUGAGAUCUCGCACCGUUGGGGUCAGUAUUCGCCUUAUUUCUCUCUUGCGGAGGAAUCUGCUAUCUCGGAUGAGGUACCGGAUGACUGUCGCAUCACCUUUGUCCAGGUGCUCUCCCGUCAUGGUGCUCGGUACCCGACGGCAUCGAAGAGUGCAAAGUAUGAAGCUCUCAUCGAUAAGAUUCAAGCGAAUGCCACGGCUUUCAAGGGCAAGAUGAAAUUCCUCCGCUCGUACAACUACACCCUUGGAAGCGAUGAUCUGACGCCGUUUGGCGAGCGUCAGAUGCUGGGAUCCGGACUGAAGUUCUACCAGCGCUAUGCGGAAUUGACCAGGCAAGCUGUGCCCUUCAUUCGUUCUUCCGAUUCAUCGCGGGUUGUGGAGUCAGGCAACAAGUUCAUCAAGGGCUUCCAACAGGCAAAGUCAAAAGACCAAGAAGCCAACCACCGACAGCCAGCCCCAAAAAUCAGCGUCGUAAUUUCUGAGGAGCCCGGCUUCAACAACAGUCUAAACCACAAUACUUGCACAGAUCUCGAGAACAGCGAGCUGGGCGACGGAGCUUCCGACGAGUUCACAUCCAUCUUCGCCCCAGCAAUCCGCACACGUCUCGAAGCCAACAUCCCAGGCGUCGAACUCUCCAACACAGAGGUUGUGUACCUAAUGGAUAUGUGUCCCUUCGACACAGUCUCCCAGACAACCAACGGAACAAAAAGCUCCCCAUUCUGCAACAUCUUCACAGAAGAAGAAUGGACCCAAUACAACUACCUCCAAUCACUAGACAAAUACUAUAGCUACGGAGCAGGCAACCCCCUGGGCCCAGCCCAAGGCAUCGGCUUCGCAAACGAGCUAAUCGCCCGUCUAACACGAUCCCCCGUCAACGAUGACACAAGCACAAACCACACCCUCGACGCACCAGGUGCAGCAACCUUUCCACUGAAUUACACUAUGUACGCAGACUUCACGCAUGACAACGGGAUGAUCCCCAUCUUCUUUGCGUUGGGAUUGUAUAAUGGCACGGCUACCCUCCCUCGCUCGCAUGUUCAGUCGCCUGCAAAGGCUGAUGGAUACUCUGCUGCUUGGACUGUGCCAUUCGCUGCGCGCACGUACAUCGAGAUGAUGCAGUGUCAUUCGGAUCCGAAUCCCGAGCCAUUCGUGCGGGCUCUUGUUAACGAUCGUGUUGUGCCAUUGCAUGGGUGUGAUGUGGAUGAGCUUGGGCGUUGUCGUCGGGGGGAUUUCGUGAAAGGGUUGACUUUUGCGCGCUCGUUUGGGAAUUGGGACCAGUGCUUUGUUUAG